GGGCCAGAAGUGGUGGGGAGAGGCUGCCUCCUUCUCACCGCCUCUCUUUUAUGCUUGCAGUGAAGAGACCGUUACCUAAUUAAUCCUAGCAAGGUUAGACUUGGCGCGGCAGACAACAUGCGUCUGAAAACCUACUUUAUACAGAUGGCUUUGGUAGUCAACGUUUAUGCGCUCAGGAACUCAAGAACUCUGAGGUUUUCCGGUUAUCGAGAUAGUGAUUUUACUAGCGAUACUGGAAGGAAUGUGUCUUCGUCCGACGUGCUGAGUGUCAUACUGACGAUCAGCAACAUCAGUCAGCAGUUCCUUCACAUCGUAUACGACCAGGAGUAUGCAGAAGCCGUAGCCGGCAUGACGCAGCCCCUGUCGUCUGCUUCCAUCGGGUUAAUGACUCUGAGAUACGACGGACAGUUGCGACGCCUGACGCAAAUGCUCGAUUUCAUAAGGCAUCAUCCAUCACUCCUGGUGUUGUUGUGCCCCCCCGUGCAUGUGGUUCACAUAUUCAGAACGAUUAAGGAAAACAACAUCAGACCCUUUGGUGUUACCUGGUUGGUAGUAAUGGAAGGAGGCGACGUCGAGAUCGCAGUGUUGAAGCUGGAGGGGUUCAUCCUGGAAGGAAGUCGGAUCCAGGUUCUCUGGAAGGACCCCGAAGGACUUUUUCAUCUGUUUUUCCCUCGGGUGGACACUUACGGAUUCGUGCGAUUCCACAAGAGAGGCAAAGGCAGCUUGCAGGAGAUGGGAAAUUUCUGGAAACAGGACGCCAUUCCCAAACGAUACAGCCUGAGUGGACGCAGGAUGAGGGUAGCCUGCAAAGAUGUUUGGCCCGUCGUCGUUAUUGGUGAGACUCAUCCUGACGGAAGUGUAGAGCUCGUGUCCGGGUUUGAAGUCGCUCUUUUGGAGUCCUUGAGUUCCUACCUCAAUUUCACGUUCAGUGCGGUUCUGUCUCCCGACAACGCCUGGGGAAACCUGCAGUCAGACGGGACGGUCACAGGAAUAGUAGGAAUGGUGGCUAGACAAGAAGCUGAUUUUGCGAUAUCCACUGUAACGAUAACAGAAGGACGAGAAAGUGUGGUUGAUUUCACAUUACCUUACGGUUUUACGGCGCUGGGAUUAGCCUCAAGAGUCCCAAGGAUUAAGAACAGGGCGAUAGCCGUUUUGUCUCCAUUCACGCCUCAGGUUUGGUUAUACAUCACGAUCUCAAUCCUUCUCAUGGGACCCGUUGUCUACGCACAUUCUUAUCUAAUGAACAAAAGUCUGCCGGCGGUCGCCAUGUUGGGCCUCCAGUGGAUUUCGUUCAACAUGUUUCGCAAUAUUGUGGUUCAGGGCAACUUCAUCCAGACCACAUUUUGGUCUCAAAGAUGCGUUCUCUUCUUUUGGUAUUGUUACUGCCUCGUCAUUUCGGCGCUCUAUUCUGGAAUGCUGACUGCCGUGCUGGCUAUUCCCUCCUACGAAACACCAAUUGACUCGCUGGAAGAUCUGCCCAGGGCUGUCAAGGAUGGUUUCGUCGUGGGCGUUAUGGGAGAUACCAGUAAUGAGGAUGUUUUUAAGGUCGCUACAGAUGGCAUCUUCAAACAAACCUGGGAAUUAUUCGAUCAUAAAGACCGAUCCAGAAGCUUUGUUUCGGGUCCUGUAAUUGGGAUGAAAAGAGCCAUAACAGAGAAGUUUGUGUUCAUCAUCUCGGAGGGCUUCGCCACCAGUAUCGCCAAAAAGAUGGGAGCCAGUCGGAAAUUUUACUUUGGCCGAGAGACGUUCCUGCCUCUGAGGAUUGGCCUCCCGUGCAGGACAGGAGCUCCUUACUUGGAAUCCUUCAGCCGGGCGAUACUUCGAAUGGUAGAGGGAGGCCUAUUGUCCAAAUGGGAGGUAGACGAAUACGGUAAAUUCGCUGAAGAACGAACGGACAAGGACGGGGAAACGAAUACAGUAGUAAUUACCAUCGUUCACAUUCAGGCUGCUUUCUACGUGUUGCUCCUUGGAAUCUGCUUAGCGGUGAUAGUGCUCGUCAUUGAGAAUAUCUGGAAUGCUCGGAUCGUUUAACAAAAACGAGAACCUGGAUUUGACCUUUUGGGGUCAGAGGUCGAGACUGAUUCUUUUGAUUUUUUUUUUUUUUAGAUGUAUCGGUGACUUAUACACAUUUCGAAAAAUCU